AUGGAAGUUGGAGCUGACUGUAUGCGAUAUUUUGGUGUUCGAUCGUAUCUUGAUAAAUUUUAUGAUCGACAAGGUGAUCAUGAACAACAAGGAGAUAAUCAACAUAAAUACUUAAUUCCAUCAAGUCGUCCAAGAUUUUCCAGUCGUUGGUGGAAAAUAACACUUUGGUUUGGUACAUUUUUAGUUAUAUGCGGUUUCUUUCUACUUUUAAUCGGUUUUAUUCUUCCACGAAAAAAAAUAAAUGUUGAUGAGUCAUUAUCUUCUAAUUCUCAAAUUAUGAUUGUUGAUCGACAAGCACUUGCUUAUAAUGCUAAUUUGGAAACUUGUCGUUUAGCUGGCAUAUGUUUCGUUGUAGUUGGAGGCAUUUUAUUUACUUUAUCACUUUUAAUGCCGACCUUUUGUUAUAUGUGGUGUGCCACUGGGGAUUCAAAUGAUGAAACAGAUCCUUUAAAAUUAAAGAUGGAAGCAUCAAGUGGUGAACAAGUUACUCCUGUAAUAAGCAGUGUACCGAAAUCAAUUCAACCAAGCUGUCGUAAAAAUGAAUCGAGAAUAACAACAGAAGGAAUUGUGCCUAUCUCAUCAUCUUAA